AUGGUAGAAGAGACAAAAGAGAAGGAUCCUGAAUUCAAAUGGGGGAAAAAGAAAGGGUUUGGUGGUAAAAACAGGGAAGUGACUUUUUACGAAUCGUUUAUUUACGACGGUGUUGCUUACACUCUUUACGAUUCUGUGUAUCUUUACAAGGAAGAUGAACCUGAACCUUUUGUUGGUAAAAUAAUCAGAAUAUGGGAAAGUGGCAAUAAGAAAAAGAGAGUUAAGGUUCUGUGGUUCUUUCGUCCAUGUGAGAUUCUGAACUUCUUGGAAGGAUACGAGGCAGGAGAAAACGAGUUGUUUUUGGCAGCGGGUGAAGGAUUAGGGCUUGCAAAUGUCAAUCCUCUGGAAGCUAUUGCUGGGAAAUGCAAUGUUGCUUGCAUUUUAAAGGACGACAGGAAUCCACAACCAUUAGACGUAGAUCUUCAAAAUGCCGACUUUGUAUGCUAUCGUUUCUUUGAUGUUGGGAAGCAUACAAUAUUGGAUGAGAUAGAAGAUAAGAUUGCUGGAAUUGAAGUUAAAAAUAUUUUAAACAAUUUAUAUAGUCGAAAGCUCGGUGGUCUUUCGAAACUUGGUUUAGUUGAGAAAGAAGUUAGUGUGAAAGGCACAACGAGUAACGAAGCGGCAACUCUUUCAUGUGAAAAAAACAAUCAGCUUUUGGUUGAAAAACUAGAUGGCAAGUGUUUUGACAAUGUUGAUUCCCGUGACAAGACCUUGCCUCAAGCCAAAGAGAAAGACAAUGGAGUUUAUACGACUUCUUUGGCUAAACAAAAAUCAUAUGCUAAACUAUCACAUUGCUCUAGAGAUAGUUUGGAAAUGAAAGAAAUUUCUAAAAUUGGAGGAAACACCUCUAUUGACAAGACCCUUUUGAAGUCUAAGAUUAAUUUAGAAAUGGGUGGACAUAAUAUUGUUGGUAUACCCGAUCAACAAAUCAACAAGCGAUUGGGGGAGGGCAAGGUUUCUGAGAAGGAAAAAUAUGGCAUUUCUAGUCCAAAAAUAACAACUAAUGUUAAAAAUCGAAAGAACUAUGACGAGUAUGACGAUGUGAAAGAAGUCCCUUCGAAAAAACCGAAGAUUGGCAUAGUGUUGGUUAAACACUCCGAAGACAAGUUGCCUGACAAACAAAUCAACAAGCGAUUGGGGGAGGGCAAGGCUUUUGAAAAGGGAAAGUAUGGUGCUUCGAGUGCAAGGAAAACAAAUAAUGUGCAAAAUCGAAGGAACUAUUAUGACAAUGAUGAUGAUGAUGAGAAGGAAGUGCCUUCCAAAAAGCCAAAGAUUGACACGAUGCCUGGCAAGCUCGCUUGUGACAUGUUGCAGAAAGAUUACCGUGUAAUGGAAGUUACUCAUAGACCUGACGUUGAUAGAAGAAAAUGGUUUAAGCCAAUGCCUUGGGAGGAAAGAAUGAAAAAUGCUUGUGAGCAAGGGAAACUUGUGCGGCUUGAAAAUUUGGAUCCUUCUUUAACUUCUUCAGAAGUACAGAAUAUUAUUUGGCAUGGGUUUGAAGAAAGCUGUACUGCAAAGAUGAUCCAGAAAACUGCAUAUUCUAGUCCUCAUUCUGGUCAAGCUUUUGUUAUAUUUAAGAGAAAGGAAGCUGCAGAGUCUGUUGUUAGAAAAUUAGAGGAGGGCUGUUUCUUGAUGUCAAAUGGGCGUCCACUUGUGGGAAGCUUUGAACACCCCUGCUUGUCGGGAAAGAAGCCAAUAUUUUAUGGUCAUCAUGCUAUUGAUCAACCUCGACAACGUGAGACGAAAGACGCAGUAUCUACUUCACAUUGUUCUCAGCCCAACAACAUUGAAUAUGAUAUGGCCUUAGAGUGGUGUUUACUACAAGAAAAAGAAGACAAAACUUGGAGAAGAUUGUAUAAGCGACAAGGUGAGGAGUUGAGCAAACUCAAAGCUAAGUUGAAGUCUAAAAUCUAA